AUGGCAGUUGCGGAGGCAGAAGCCCCUCAAAACGAGUUAAAAAACAGUUGGAUUUGGCCAUCCCCUUCUGAACAUCGCUGUUGCGAAGAUCUCCAAACCAACCAAACAAACAAACAAACAAUACCCACACUUUUUCGUGUGCCACCACCAACUCCAUCUUCAUCUUAUCGUUCAUUGUCAUUGUCCAAUACCCAGACAAACAAACAACAAAUCUACAAUAACAAUUAUUAUAAUUAUAAUAAUCAAACAAUCAUUGUCCAACAACAACAAACAAGGUAG